AUGCACAACCAUCACACUCCAAAGGAAGGGUUGACUGUGCGCGGUCCGUCUGCUCCUCUGGUGGCUCCUCUGGGAUCUUCAGUGGUUUUUCUCUGUUAUGUUGAUGACCCUUUACCAGUGGAAGAUCUGGAGGUGGAGUGGAGAAGACCAGACUCGGAGACUUUAGUUCAUCUGUAUCAGGAUGGUAAGAGUCAAACAGAAGUCCAGCAGCAGGAUUAUCAGAACAGAGCUCAUUUCUUCACUGAUCAGAUUCAACAUGGAAACUUCUCCCUCCGUCUGGACGAUCUGAGAGCUGAAGAUGCUGGAGAAUACAUAUGUACAGUUCACAGUCAGCAGGAGUCUGGAGAAACUGUGGUUCAAAUAAACGUUGAUGUUGUACGUUUGCGAGUGUCUGGCUCAGAUGAGUCCAUAUCUGCAUCUGUGGGUGAAGACGUCACUCUGAGCUGCUCUGUAGACUCUCACUUCACACCUGAACACAUCGACGUUACAUGGAAGAAAACAGAUGAAAAUAUUCAGGUUCUGCUCUACAAAAACAAUGAACCUGUACCAGACUCAGCUGAUUUGCGAUACAGAGAAAGAGUUGAGUUCUUCACUGAUGAAAUCCCCAAAUUAAACUUCUCUCUCAGACUGAAGAGCGUCAGAAGUGAGGAUAAAGGAAUUUACAUGUGUGAAGUGUUUGCUGGAGGACUUUCAGCCAAUACAACUGUAGAACUGGAGCAACUGGGUUUCUCUGUUUCUCACAUCAUGGUGCUGAUUCUCUGUGUUUCUGCGUCUGGAUCUGCUCUUCUGCUCUGCUGCCUGAUCUACUGCAGAAAUAAGAACGGGUUAACUGUGAUGUAUUCUCAGAGCAGACUUGUUGAUCUGGGAUCUUCAAUGGUUCUGAAGUGUUAUAGAGUUAAACCUUUAGAAACAGAGGAUCUGAAGGUGGAGUGGAGAAGAACAGACACUAAGACUUUAGUUCAUCUGUAUCAGGAUGGUAAGGGUCAAACAGAGAAACAGCAGGAGGAUUAUCAGAACAGAGCUCAUUUCUUCACUGAUCAGAUUCAACAUGGAAACUUCUCCCUCCGUCUGGACGAUCUGAGAGCUGAAGAUGAGGGAGAAUACACAUGUACAGUUUACAGCAAACAGAGAUCUGUGUUUUCAACUCAAGCAAGUUUGGAACCAAGACUACUUGAUUCAGUCCUCCAUCUUCAUCUGUUUCUAGUCGUCUGUCCAAAUAUGAUCAUGUUCUUUGCUUUUGUCUUCUGGGGUGUUUCUGAGGGAUCUGUGAGUGAGACGGUGUGUUGUUGUGCUCUUUAUUUCCUGAGACCUCUCCUGUUGCUCUGGGCAGCUCCGUUUAUUAAAGAUUUGUUUUCAGUCCAGAUUAAAACAUGGAUUCAGAAAUACAGUUAUGUGGCAGAAUAUGCUGUUUUCUCACUGGUUAUGUAUUCAGCUCUUUUCGCUAGUGCUUGGGAAAGGUUUCUGAAUUAUGCUGUAUUUAGUAAAGUGAUGAUGAUAGGGCUGUUUGUGAUCGUGUUUGUGUGCUGCCUCUGCAAAAUCACUUACAUUUUAGUUUCAGAGGUCUGGAAGAAAACUGGACGGAUAUUUGAAAUAUUUGAUCUUGUGGCUGAUAUGACCUUUCGCAUUCUGCCCACUUUACAAUUCAUCCUCCUCUUCUACACGUUUGGAUCCACCAGAGGAGGGUUGAUCAUGGUUGUGAUUUUACCAGUCUUACUGAUGAUGAUGACAAAUGACAGAUGGCUUUAUAGAUGCAGACGUGGAUCUGUCUGCGAGGAUGAGAAGGGAACAUCUGUUAUUGCCAGCAAUGAAUCUGCUGCCUUCUGA